AUGGAGCGGGACACGGUCACAUUCAAGGCUGCAAAGGAUCUUCAGCGGGAUAUUUGCACCAGAGAAAUCGUGGCUUUCACUCCUCUGCUCCGCCGAGUUAGGGGUGCCCAAACGUCAUCGCCGGUGCAGCCGCCGGAGGCAGCUCAAAGCGGAGGACAAUCCGUGGGCCGUUCAAAUUCUACUUUUGACAGACGCCUCUCCUCACUCAGAACUCAGGUGUCGCCGGCGAGAUACGCCGACUAUGAGGCAAUUUUUCGUAAUACGGAGACCUUGCUGAGAGCCACAAGCCAUAAAACUAGCAAAAAAGGCGCGUCAUCGCUCAUGGAUAUGUGUUUGAGGAAAGUGCCCGACUACGUAGCCGGCAUCAAAGCUUGGGAAAUACAGGAAGCUGAUGAGAAUGGAACAAGAACGAACACAACUGGCGCCGACGUUGGUCCUCGCAUUUACUCGGAACUCGAGUCAUUUGGGGCAUUCGAUAGUGGCUGGGCAAAACUGAGGACUGUUGUCGAGGCAGAUACUGUGGUUAUCCUUGCGGGCGCCUUGGCUGAGGGCUUAUUUCCAGAUGAAUUCUCCUUGCUUCUGCUCGAGCUUUGUGCUGAAUAUGGACUUUGCCAAACGAACAUCUUAUACGAGAUAUUGCUAACCCGCCAGUAUCCUGAGCCUACAAGUUCGGACUCUAGAUUUUCAGAAGACUCGUCUUUACAACCGCUGUCAUUUUUACGCGAUAUUUCGGGUCGAAAGAACAAACUGUCGACCCUAUUUCAACAACUAUCCAAUCUACUUGUCCAAGGCCUGCUUCCAUCAACGUGGCUUGCAACUCGCGAAUUUGAGGGUUUUUGGGCCUCGGCAUACCGAGUAAUAUCCAAGGGCCGGGCGGCUUUAGAUGCCAUCGACUUCCUAGCCACUUCAAUUGUUCUUCUGUCCAAGCGUCAACACUUGCACAGCAGACAACACGCUGAUGAUUUGUCCCUUUCUUGUGGAAGAGCUCUGAACCAAGCGUUGUCUUUGUUGUCUGCCAUGAGAAGGUUAGGCAAUGGUGAAGCCGCAAGUGGCAGUGAUCUGAAAUACGAGAGGGUUGGACGGAUAUGUCGCAGUCUCGACUUUACCCUUCAUGCCUGCAUUUCCGAAAUCGGCUCAUGGAAAGGGAGACGAGGAAAGCCUACGUAUCAUCUGGGCCUUUCCGCGUUUCUGUCGACGCCGGAGCUGCAGAAUGACCGAAUCGACACUUUGGUAAUCAAGGCGAUAGGAUCAAUGUACGACGGGCUACCGAACACGACGCACCAUACUGUGCAAACAUACAAUUCCGUCAUCACAUUAAUAUCAGGUAUCGCAAAAAUAUGUGGUCGUGGAACUUCUCAAGCAGCACGCUACCAUCUUGCAGCUAUGUGCAAACAACUAGGGCGUUUGGCACUACAGCCUGAAGCAUUGGACGACAUCAAGAAGGCUGGAGCAUUCUUCCUGGCUCAGGAAAGUAACAACCUAAGAGACCUUCUAUAUGCAGAGAAACUGGCGUCAAGUACUAGUGAUAACGAGGUCACCGAAGGGCGACCGCGAGCGUCAGGAAAACCUACCCUCUUCGACGGCUUUAAAUGGGAUGAAACAAUUAGCGAAUGGGUUACUAUUAGCCCCAGGGCACAGAAGAUACCUCCUGAAAGGAGAUCGCUGAGGUCAAUGGUAUAUGAGCAUCCAGAACAGGGAAUGAUGCCGAGCAUACAUCUGAGGAAACAAUCAUCAACCGCCCCAAGACUAAACGGUUCGAUUUUGCUGGCUGCAUUGCCAUCUGCGAACCAGGAAAUCAGCAAGGGUACAAGUUCAGAGAAGAUCGGCCAUGAGAAUUUUAUUUUGGUUAAUGGCAAGAUCGGUACAAGUCAAACGGAACGCCCUAUAGAAUCGGCCACGCUUCAGCACAAACAUGAAAAACAUCCCAAUAAGCGCCAUAGUUGCGCUUCAGCGACCAGGGGCACAUUACAUCAUGACGAGCUAAACGACGACAAAGAGAACCGUGACAAGGAGAACCGUGACAGGGCUAUGACCCGAAAGCGCCAUAGCGAAGGCGUACGAAAACCACUUGGUACAAAACGGCGUAUCCGAUUCUCAGGAAGUGGCCUCCAUAGCGACGAUGAGCUUGGGAUGUGA